CUGGUGGUCUGGGGCCUGCCGAGGGGAUCUGCUCACACUGCCUCCAGGAAAAAGAGCUUCCUAGACAUCUAUGGUCCUAUCAGAAAACCAGGAGGAAGGGAGGCAAUUGUGAACCAAUGGCGGCUAAAUUGAUGCUGGAAAUACUUACUGGAAAUUCUUCUGGGAUCUCCUGGAAUCCACCUGGAGCGGAAAAUUCUUCAAGUGCCAGUGAAAACACAGAGGUGGCAAAUGUGAAGGGGAUCACGGAUGCCAGUGAAGACACAGAGGUGGCAAAUGUGAAGGAGGUUAUGGGCAGGAUGGCCCAUACUGGAUAUGAGGCAUUCCAGGAGCCAGCAAUCUCACCCGACCCCAGGACUCUCCUCUCCAAACAGUCUGAGGACUCGGAGAGUGGGGAAGAGGUGGGCAGUUCAGAUGUCCCUGAAGACAGUUCCAUCAGAAGUCCAAGUGAUUCGAGUGCCUCCAUGGGGUAUUUUCCUUGCUACCGGACUUAUGAAGAAUUCCUAGAGAAGCCCAGCCCAUCUCUAACGCGAACAAGCAGUGCCCAGUCGAACAGGAGAGAUGGCAGUGGCUGCAGUAGCAGCCUAGAGCCCCUGGAACAGAGAUCGCAGUCCUCCGGCCACACCAUGGAGAGCCACCCAAGGAGCUGGGAGAGCAUGGACACAUUAACCCAAAGUAAUCUCAACACGCCAAAACGAUAUCAGAGCCACCUGGGCCUGCUCCUCGCCACACGUGGAGAAGGAGGCCUGGGGGAAAAGCCGGAACCCCAGAUCUUUGAAAUACUGAGUCCUCCUGCCUUUCAGCAAAAUAUGGGGGGAAUGCUGGAGCCAAUCCCAAGGAAAUCUCCCCAGCUGAAGCCUCUCAGCAGCCCCAGAGGAACCCAGGAAAAAAGAAGGCGCAGAAAAAAGCUUGAGCUCCAGGACAGCAGCCAAGAAGACCUCUCCUACCAGGUGCAAGGGGAAUGGAAGAGUAAGUCCGCUGAGCUCCUCUCAAACAAGGAACCUUCUCCAGAUGACCCCCCAAAGGCUUCUUCCACAUCCAGCUUCAGCCGCCUCGUGCGCUGGAUUCGCCACACCUUCUCAAGGACGAGGAAGGUGAACCCUCAGAGAGAAAGAGGUGAGAGAAAAGGAGAGAGAAAGUCCCCAGGCGAAGACAGGUCCCGGCACUCUAGACUCUGGAGACUCUGGUGCUUAAGAAGAAACCAGGCACCAGCCCUCUAGACCCUGGACAGCCCCUAGUGUUUGUGGACAUCUAACGUCAUGGAAAAUGAGAUUCAUGCAAUCUGAAAAUGAAAUACAUUCACUGAAGAACAAGUGCACAUGGCUCUGAUUCCUAAUUGCAUGGCAUGCUGAUUACUUAUUUUUGCAAAUAAAGACAUUUCCUCUGUCAA